AUGGCCGCCGAGAAGACACUCCGCGAGUUCUCCGUGCCCGCUGUCACCAACAUGGCCACUGGCCCCGCUGUUGACACGGCUGGCAAGAACUUCGAGCUACACACCGGCCUGAUCACCAUGGUGCGGGCGAGCCCAUUCUGUGGCUUGCCAAGCGAGGAUGCAAAUGCACACCUUCAACACUUCCUGGAGCUAUGUGACACGAUUAUCAUCAAGGACAUUACUCUUGAUGUCAUUCGGCUCCGCCUCUUUCCUUUCUCCCUCGUGGGGAAGGCGAAGAGGUGGUUCUAUCAAGAUAAGGAAGCUGUCACCAUGUGGAGCUUCUACAAUGGGCUCACGCCCAUGUCGAAGGGACACCUAGACGCCGCCGCUGGAGGCGCGUUCCUAUCACUUACCACCGCCGGGGCCAAGGCCCUGAUCGAGAAGAUGGUAGAACACUAG